UUGAUGUCAUGAUAGAUAGACAAAGAAACAGAUAAAUAGAUAGAAAUUGACAGAGAAAGAGAAAAAAAGAAAAAAAAGAAAGAGAAAAAAAUGGGAUCGAGGGAGAGAGAAAAAGAAAAGGCUGUUAGGAAAUCAAAUCUUUCGUUGUACACCUGUCCUUUGCCCAGCACCUGUGUACAAACAUGGUACACUUGUAAUAUUUCAUCCAGCAGCAAACACCUCAGUACCCCUUCAGCAGUUAGAGAGACAGGUGACAAUAAGAUCCUGCGAAGCCUCUGAAAAUGGAUUUGGUGUUGAAGUGGCUAAGAAGUCCAAGAUGUCUCGUCUUAUUUUCGUUCUUCACGUUAGCUGUAAUUGUACUGUUACAUACAAACAAAAAAAUCAUAAUAAAAAUCAAGAAUCAGUACAUAUACAAUGAUACCGAAUAUUAUAACCAGGCGGAAUAUGAAGAUGAGGAAUAUGUGGACUCUGAGGAUGCUAAUCCAGAACAGGAGAUCGCCGUGGAAUGGUGGCAAAAGGAAAUAUGCAAGCCAGAGGUUCUGAAACUCCAGCCUUCCUCGACGCACAUCAGGUUACCGAUGCUUGGCAGAGAUAUCGUUCCCAGCCAGAAUGACUACAACGUGUUCUUGGGAGAGACAGCGUGCAAUACUCGACCACUGUACAGGGCAUGGUGCUCGGUUGAAAGCUACGCGCACGAAAACCCCCUGGCAAAGGUCUGGUUCCACACAACGUCCCCGCUGAUCGACAACGGAGACGGCCUCAUCACGCACCUCGAGGAAGCAUACGAUAACUUGAAAAUUGUAAGCACUGACCUCACCAAGAUUUUCAGUGGAACUCCAUGCGAGAAAAUAUUCAUGGCAGGGAAAUGGGCGCACAAUACGCCUUGGCCCGCGAACAAUAUAUCAAACUUGUUGAGAAAUGUGGUGGUGUGGCUGUGGGGAGGCUUAAACAGCGACACCGACUGCGUCUGCGUGAGGAACCUUACCCACAUACGGAACAUGGUUUCUUAUGACGAGGACGGCAAAGUGGCCAACAACGCCAUCAUGCAUUUCGACGCAGGGCACCCGUUCGCUUACGAGCUUAUGGAAUACCUGAAGAAGAACUUUAAGUAUAUAAUUUCUCUCAACUUGGCGUUACACAUCUUAAUCUAGAGGUCCUUAUUUGUGUUAUUUUUUCCUCAAAACAUUUACCACUAACCAGCAUUUGAUAAUGAAUACAGGGAGUUAUGUAAAGUUAUGUAAUUUGCGGCAAACCAAUAUUAUUUUUGAAACAAGUUUGUAUUGUCGCAUUAUAUUGUUACUGUAUGUUAGCAAUUAGUAAAAUACCGGGUCCUGUUGUAUUUUUAGUUCAAAAAAUCACAAUUAUAUGCAUUUCUCUGACAUUCUUACGCAUAGGCCUAUCGUAUUGUAAAGAGUCAAUAAAAAAAAAAAAAAAAAUACAAGUACAAAAAUGACAUUAUGAUAGAUACACACUGUCAGUAGAAUUUAACUCAUUUCUAAUCCUUGUUUGUCUUUUAGAAUAACUGUUCAUGUUUUUCACUGCUGUUUCUGUUUCCUUUGUUACUGCACGUUCGAGAUGAAGACCACUUUUUUUUUCUUAAUAAACUUGUUUUGUUU